AUGGUGGCGCGGUUAGAGCGCGCUACCACCGCCGUCAAGGCCAACCCUGAAGAGUUUAAGGAAGUGGUCAACCAGUUCCUCGUCGACGUCGGCGGCGACGCCUUGGUGUUGUACGACAAAAUCAGCCACGACGACUUGCCGCAAGUAGCGCCCGUGGUGGCGCACUUGUCGAACUACGUCCAGUUCAUUACUACUGCCUACCGCAUCUGCCGUAACCCGUUUGUCGCCGACAGAUUGGCUGACUUGAAGCAAAAGUGCCAGGCGAUCUUACACCAGCACCAGCGCCAGCAGAUGGUGCGCAAAAUGAACGCCAUCCGCUUCGACCUGAUCCAGCUGUUUGGCACCCUCGAACGUAACCAUGUGCUGCUGUACUUCCGCAUCGACGAUAUCGUCCACCGUCUGGGCCACGCCCUGGUGAUGAUGGUGGAAGAUUCCGGCGCCGAUGUCCCCGUGGAAUUGUUGUUACUUAACCUUAACGCCAAUUCCUCUUCCACCACUCCUGAUGACGUCACGAAGAGCGACGUCGCAUACAACGCGCUCGCGAUCGUGCGCGUCGAUGGUGCCUACCGCCAACUUGCAUUCCCCCCCUUCAGAGUCAACGAGGUCAGCGUCGCCCAUUGUGAUGGUCUUACACUCACUGCCGUUAACUACAGCGGCAGUGAUGACGCUAAUAGCUCCAGCGCCCGCGCCCAAGUGCGCCUUACUCUGGACCGCGACGACUUAUUGGCCACUUGGUAUGCCAAAUUGGUGAGAAUCUUCCCCGAACUGAACUGUCCCAUCGUGGCUGACGCGGUAGCCACCACCACUCCUCACCAGGAAAUGCUGGGAUUGGGCAUUGGCUUUGUUAGUGCCCCUGAAGCUGCGGCGCUGGCGCUGGCGCCGACGCCGCCGCCGACGCCGCCAUCGCACCCGGAACCCACCCCGGAAUUCUACCAGUUGUACGAUACGCCGCUGCCUCUUCGGCCGACUCUUGACGAUCUUUCUCCUAACGUGUCGCUUGACUCGUUAGCGUUGCCAGUGCCACCAGCACCGCGGAAAGUACAGAAGCCGCUGACGCCGUCGCUGCUGGUGUACACGGCGCCUUCGCCGUGUGAUGCUCCUGCGGCCAGACUUGCUGCUGGUCAACAACGGCGCCCGGCACCGGUACGCGGGGUGGCGCCGCUGGCACCGCUGGCGGCCGAGUUCGCCUAUACUCCAGAGCUGCUGGCACCUCUGAGUGAUCUUGACGAGAUCGAUCUUAAGCCCGUGGGCGGACUGGUGAUGAAACUGCUGAUCUACAAACUUCCAGGUGGGCUGGAAGUGGACAUUGCCAACUUUGGUGCUGGCCACGUUCCCGACUUCAGCGCUGCUGCGUCGACAUCUCAGGCCCCGGUGGCGCCGCUGCCGGCUCCUCGGCGCCGGAAGCUGUUCUUCAACUUGUUCCGCAACACGCUGAAGCUCUCGGUCAACGACGAUGUCAAUGGCUCCAGCCUCUCUCUCGGUACUCUGAGCAGCAACAAAACCAUCACUUCCACUACCCCGAAGGCUCCAGCCACUAAUAAUACCAAAGCCAAGACGACCGCUACUACCCAGCCACCAGCAAGAGCCGCUCCGCCUCCGCCUGCCCCCGCAGCGGCAUUGGCGCCUCCCCUUCCCGCACCUCCCUUACCUCCUAAGGUGCCUCUGGAAGCAAAGGAGUCUACCAAUAUCGUGGUGUUCACUACCCUUAAGUACAGUCUCACCCUCAAACAAUUAAAGGGAGACUGGCUGAAGCUUUUCCACGGUGAUGCUACGCUCAAGUUUGUCGUCAACAACCUGGUGAACAAAGGGUGGCUUUUCGUCAAUGGCGACCACGAAGUGAUUGAGUUGACUACAGCUCUGACGGUAAGACUUGCCAACCCCCGUGAAGUGCACGUCCACGCGCGGGUGAUCGGUUCUACAGAACCGCUGUUGAUUCUGAUCACCACGUGUAAGGCUACGGCGCUCCACGCCAAGUUGAGCGACUGGCUCUGCGAAGCUGAUCUCGCUAAGGACUACUCGCAAAUGCUGCUUUCAAACCUGCUGUUGCUGCUGCUGGCUUCAGACAACCACUCGGCGCCGGCGCUGAAACUGAGCACGCUCACCCUGAUUUCCACCUACGGCCUGCUGACGACCAACGCAGGCGUGGGGCUGGGGUUUGUCAAGAAGACGAAGCUCCCCGCAGUGGCAGAAACAAGACCGUUACUGGCCCACGAAGCCGCAGAGAUUCUUAGAGACCCCUUAAAUGAUCGUCUCUUAGUGUUACUGAACAUGAAGAUCCGCAUGCUGGUACAAACGAAGGGAUACGCCGCCAUCCAAGACCCUCAGCUGUGGACGAUCACGGGGAUGUACCUGCUCACGCUCUACACCGUAUCCGAGGCGCGCACGCUGAGCGAUUAUCUUCAAUUUGCGCUCAAGGGCCUCGAGCAUGGCGACGAAGUGCUGUGGAUGAUUGCUAACUCCGACAAAAAAUACACCUUGGAGCCGAUUGGCCGCGCGGGGUUGUUGGUGAAGUGCUCUGCCAACGAGAUCUACAUGUUGGAGUGUAAAGGCCGCAAGGAGUUUUCCAAGCUCUAUUCGCUAUUGUAA